AUGCUGAAAGGUGCAGAUGAUUCUGUUAUGGAGCAGGAGGACUCUGCUUCCCGACAUGGAGAAAUGACGAGUUGGGAUAUCAAUGACAUCAAACUUCCUCAGCAUGUGAGCCAGACAGACUGGUUUCAAGAAUGGCCAGAUUCCUAUGUAAAGCAUAUCUAUAGCUCAGAGGAUAAAAAUGCUCAGAGGCACCACAGCAGCUGGGCAAUGAGAAACACCAACAACCACAACUCUCGCAUCUUAAAAAAGUCCUGCCUUGGGGUGGUGGUUUGUGGCAACAACUGCUCUACCUUGGAGGGGAGGAAGAUCUACCUAAGACCAGCCAUAUGUGAUAAAGCCAGGCAAAAACAACAGCGGAAAUGCUGUCCAAACUGCAAUGGACCACUGCGGCUCCUUUCCUGCCGAGGCCACGGUGGUUACCCAGUUACCAACUUCUGGAGGCAUGAAGGCCAAUUCAUAUUUUUCCAGUGCAAAGGAGCUCAUGACCACCCACGUCCAGAAACAAAACUAGAAGCAGAAGCAAGAAGAUCAAUCCAAAAAGCAAAGACAGCUUUUUCUUCAUCUUCUCUAAGACUAAAAAGAAUCCAGGAGAUUGAGUCUCUGACAGGUGCAGUGCCGACACAGGAGCCUUUGCCUUUGCUUCUUUCCAGCCCGGAUGCUCACAUGCCACCUGCUAAUUUCAGGGGACACUUGAGCAAAAGCUCCCAGGAGCCAACGCUGAGCGGCUGCUCUGGGCAACUUCCAUUCCCGAGGAGAGCUGGGGAGGACGGGGCCUCCAGAGAGGCACCUGCCUGGAGCCGAGGCCUGUCCCUCAGGGUCACCCCCAGAGCCGAGAGGCUGAGCAGUGUCCCUGCCGUGCCCAGCACAGCCCCUUCUCCCCAGCAGUGCACCCACCUCAGCACCCAGCUCGUCUUGCCCAUGGCUGAGGGUGGCCAUGAUCCCUUCAGGUGUGAUGUGGGCCCUUUGGGAGAUGGAUCCUGUGGGACGGAAUCCCCGCUGGCCUACGGCCCCUGUGUGCUGCCUUCCGCCGCGCCUCAGGCAGGGCCCUGCCCCAUGGCGAGGGGGGCACGGCCUCAGCCACAGCUCCCGCUGCCUCCACAGGGCAGGGAAGGACACAGGGGCGGGGGAGGGCACCAAGUCUGUCUCAACUACUGCAACAAUGACAUGGUUUUUAACCUGUACCCGUUACGGUGA